AUUAAAAAUAAUCAAUUUAUUUUAAAUGAUCAAGAAAAACAAAUGAGCAACAUAAAAAACGAUAUAUCUUUUAAUAAAAAUAUUUUUUAUCCUGAACAAGGUAAUUAUAAUAAUGAACAUAAACAGACACAAACAGAUAUAAAUAUAAAAGACAAUAAAAAGUCAAUUCAUAUAAAUAAUGUUAAUAAUUCAAAUACAAAAGAAGAAUCUGAACUAUCACAUAAUAAGAAUGAUUUUAUAAUGAUAAAAAAUGCUAUACAAAUACCUAGACUAAACUUGGAUAAUAUUAAAAAUAAAAAUGAAAAGAAAUUUAAUUCGUAUCAAAUAAACGAUAUAAAAGAAAUAACAGAAAUGUCACAUAUUCAUAACAAUAACCAUAUAUCGUGUGAUAAUAAAAAAUCAAAAACAACACCUAUAGAUAUUGAAAAUAUUUCUUCUAAUAAUAAUAAGGAUAAACAUUUUUUAAAUUAUAAAAUUCCAAAUGACAACGUGAAUGUUAAUAAAAAUAUAAAUGAUUAUUCUUUCAAUGAUACAAAGAAUAAAUUUCAUUAUUUUAGUUACGACAAAGAAAAUGUAACAAAAACAAACUGUUUUACUUGUUCAUCUACUACACAAGAUAAAGAUAUUUAUAAUAAUGAUAAUAAUUCUUUUACUUGUAAUAAUAUUUUUUAUAGAAGACGUCCUAGUAACUUAUUAAAUUCUUGUAUAUUUAAAGAGGAUGACGAGGGGGUAAGUAGGACCAAGCACAGUGCAAAUGAUGAAAGGUUUAAUGUGGAAACAAAAAAGGAAGAUGACGACAAGGAAGGGAAUAAUAAUAAUAAUAAUAAUAAUAAUGAUAAUAAUAAUAAUGAUAAUAAUAAUAAUAAUAAUAAUAAUAAUAAUAAUAAUAAUAAUAAUAACAACAACAAUAAUAAUAAUAAUAAUAAUAAUAAUAAUAACAAUAAUAAUAAUAAUAAUAAUAAUUAUUAUAAUUGUGAACAUCAGACUAAUAUAAAAAAUGAUAAUAACCCAAAUCAUCAUUUGACAGAAAAAAAAAAUGUAAACAAAUCUUUUACUAGUAUGAUUUUAAACUUUUUUGGAUUAAAAUAUGAUAAUGUAAAGGAAGAUAAGAAAUCAGAAAAUGUCAAUGUAAACAUUAUGAAUACAAAUAAUAAAUCUAUGAAUAAUAAAAAUAUUGGUCAUAUAAUUACUAACAAUGUAAGUAAAGAUACAUAUAAUAUGUCUACAUAUAUAAGAUCUAAAUCUGCUACUUAUAAUAACAUGUCAAAAAAUGAAGAGAAAAAAAAAAAAGAAAUUUAUAUAUUACAUCCAAAUAAUUAUAAAUCAAGUAAUAUCAUGAACUUAUCAAAAGAUUCUGCAUUUCCUUUUCCACCUUUAACAUUUAUAAGAAAUAAUAUAAAUAAAAAAAAAAUUGCAUCAUAUAAUAAUUCCAUUCAAGGUUUAUCAACAAAUCAAUAUAAAAAUCAAAUUCAACCUAAUAUGAAUACACAUAUACAAAAAAGAAAGACAUGUGACAUUCCUUCAAUUUCAAAAAAUGCUUCAAUUAAUAAUUUAUUAUAUAAUAAUGUGUAUAAGCAUAUUAAUCAUUCUGAUCAUAUACAAAAUAUAAAUACAAAAAAUUCAUACAACCUUGAAAAAGAAGAGACAAAAAAAGAAUAUCUUCAAAAUGGAUAUAUAGAUAAAGACAAUUAUGAUAAACAAAUUAAAUUAGUCUCUUCAUAUAAAAUGAACGACACAUUGAACAAUAACAAAACUUAUAAUAACAUGUAUGAUAUAAAUACAAGUGAUAACAUAAGUAAUAAUGACAAUAUCAAUAGUAAUCAUUACAGUUAUAUCCAUAAUAAUAAUCUAGUAUCUAUAAAUACAAUGAAAGAAAAAGGAAGUGAUAAUACAAAUUAUAUCCCUCAAUCACCUACACAAUAUAAUAGACCUGAUAAUAUGAACAAUGUUUAUAAUAACAAUAAUAUUAAUAAUAUUAAUAUUAAUAAUAACAAUAAUAUUAAUAACUAUUGCAAUAGUGAAUAUUUCAAAAUAAAUAAAAAAGGUGAUAGUAAUCAUAAUAAUCAAUAUUCAUUAAAUAAACCAGAAAAUAUGUCUUCUAAUUUUUUAAAGAAGACUUAUAAAGAAAAUAAAAAUGAACAAGUAAACAAUAAACUCUCAUAUAUAAAUGAUACUAUAUCUAAUAAAU